GCCUCCCAUAGCUGCUGCCAGGCCCCUAAAUCUGCCAUGGGCCCCCUGUACCGGCCUCCUCAUGCUGCUGCCAGGCCCCUAAUCUGCCAUGGGCCCCUGUACCGCCUCCUCAUGCUGCUGCCAGGUCCACAGUCUCUCAUGGGGAUCCCUGUACGCCUCCCUUGCAUGUCUCCAUCGCCACACUCUGCCAUGUGCCACUUUCAGGUCUCCUCACACUGCUGGUGUGUUCCAUUUUUUGUCAUAGGGUGCUGGCAGAUUACGGGCCUCCCAUAGCUGCUGCCAGGCCCCUAAUCUGCCAUGGGCCCUGUACCACGCCUCCUCAUGCUGCCCAGUCCAGAGUGUCCAGGUCCCUGUACGAGUCUCCAUCAUGCCAUGUGCCACU